UUUUUCUAUUCUCUACAUAUAGUAGAUACAGAUUUAAAAUUAAUAUUUUAUUUAAAAAUGAAUGGAACAACAUCCAAUUCGACUGUGAAUGGUGUCCCUACCUUCAAAGAAGAAAACGACUCAGAUGAGGGCAUCGGCAAAUCUGAAGCUCAUACAAAUGCAUUUAAACGUCACAAAAUUCAUUUAUCGCCAAAAGAUGAUAAGGCUACUGGAUUUUCGCAAACUCCGCCUUCAAAUGGCACAAAUUCAGUAUUUGUCACGCCUGGCAUUUAUAAAAGAAAAAUUUGUAAACCGCGAAUAAAGGAAUCGACUGAAGAGGUCAAAUUUACCUGGUCGGUUGAUGAAUUGGCUAUUUUCCGACCUGUCAAUUUUGAUGAUGCUGAAUUUUCUUUGCCGCCGGAUGAUUGGAAUCCCAACCCUCACCACGAUGUAGAAAAAUUUUGGAGUCGAAAUACACAAAUAUUUCCUUCGCCAGAUAUACAAAACGUUUUUCGACCUGUUGGUGAAAAUUAUACAAAAUCUUCAUCGAGCUCAAGUCCUAACUGUUACAGUUAUUCGUCGGAGGAUUUUUAUGGACAAAAUAGUACUGAAAGCAGCAGUAGUCGAUCUACUUCAAAUAAACGAUUUAUUCACUCAUCAGACAACUCGCCAGACGAUGCUUUGCUCUUUAAGUUGGAUAAUAUAAAGGAUGAAAAAGAAAACGAGCAUGAAUUUGAACAAAUCGAACACUCAUUGUCAAUUGGAGAUGAUGCAGAUCAAAUCUUUGCAGAUUUGGAACACGAAAGUGGAAGUUUUGUUAUGCGACAACAAGUCAAUAGUCCUAUAGAGAAUGUAGAAAAGUUGUUAUUUUUAGAGGUUAGUCUUUUCCUUGAAACUAAUAUUUUCAAUUUUAAGACAAGUCCAAUAAAACCUAAUAGCUAAUAUAUGAGGGGAAUUGGUGAUAAUUUUUGUAAAUCUUAAGGACAAUGAAAAAUGGUUAAAGUAAUAAUUGAUAAUAAUGUUGAAUAUUUAAACUUGUUUAUUUUAAAAUUAUUUGAAGGGUUAAGAUAAAAUUCAUGUUUUCUUUUGGAAUUUCUUAACAAUAAGUUAUUUUCCUUUCUUGUUUUUCUUCUUA